CUCUCUCUCAUACCUAAAAUGAUCAGAUGAUGAACGUCAACCAAUUUUCGUGCAACUAAUUGGCAUCAAUGCGCUAUAUGUUGAUGCAAAAUUGUUGAGAAGUAGUAGGAAUUAGAAGAAAAGAAAUGUCGCAGAGCAAUAUUACUACUAGUAACUUGAAUGUACCCGUGAGUGAAGUCUACUGGUCUCUUGUAGCUAAAGCCGAUAAAAAGUUCUCCAAAAUUAGGGAUUUGCCGUAUUACGAACGCAACAGGUAUGAUACCUACUUCUACAAGGUAUUCAAAGUUUAUACACAGUUAUGGAAAUUUCAACAAGACAAUCGACAAAAGCUUGUGGAAGCAGGACUGAAGAGAUGGGAAAUAGGUGAUAUUGCAUCGCGAAUAGGGCAACUUUAUUUCGGACAAUAUAUGAGAACAAGUGUAGCCAGUUAUCUGUCAGAGUCAUAUAUCUUUUAUGAAGCAAUCUUGACUAGGGAGUAUUUCAAAGAUGGACUCUUACAGGAUGUGAAUCUUGCCAACAAACAGUUGAGGUUCAUUGCAAGAUUCUUGACUGUGUGUUUAAUGUUGAACAAACGAGAGAUGGUUUAUCGGUUGGUAAGUCAGCUGAAAGUGCUAGUUGCUGACUGCAAGAGGACUUUCCAGGACACUGACUUUAUAGAAUGGAAGCUAGUGAUACAAGAAAUAACAAAGUUUCUGAAAGUGGACACAGCUUUUAUGAAUACAAGGCCUCUAAGAUACAGCCUCACAUUAGAUGUAGAGCCUAAUAGCCUGCCACCUGUCCCCAAUGUGAUAAGAAACCUAAAACUGAGAGACGCGAUACUGUGCAGCUAUCAUCCAAAUGAGGUCAAAUUCUCAGAGCUCACUCUUGACAACUUCAGAAUGCUUCAAUGUUUGGAGUGGGAACCAAGUGGCUCAUUCUACCAAUCAAGUGGAAGUUUGACCAGUGGUCAACAUGCAGUCAAUCAGGAAAUUUCUGAUCCUACAUUGCCACCAAAUCCACGCAAAGCUGUCUUGUAUCGUCCAUCCAUCACUCAUUUUUUAGCAGUUUUGGCUACUGUGUGUGAGGAGCUUCCUCCUGAUGGAGUUCUCCUACUCUAUAUAUCUGCUCCAGAUGCUGCAUGUACUUCACCACCCUCUGAUAACACAAACAGUUCUUCAGUGAAAAAGAUUAUGAAUGGUUCUGGAGACCAUUCUAGAGGUGUGAAUCUUGGUUCUAAAGGAAAUGGAGGUUUAAAUGUGAUAUAUCCUUGUGACCUGGUUCCAUUUACAAGAAGACCACUUUUCCUUGUUAUUGAUAGUGAGAAAAGUAAUGCUUUUAAGAGUUUGGAAAGAGAAGUAAACGGAGAGGCAGUUGCAAUGCUCCUAUCUCCAACCUCUUCAAUUGGUGACCCAAAUGGAAGUCAAUUCACAACCUUUCUCACAGCUCCACUGCAGGCUUUUCUUAUCUUAAUCGGCUUUUCGGGUCCCGACAUCCAGACAGAUAAACUCAAUGAGGCUGAAAGGGUUCUUUCUUUGGCUUUAAAUCACUGGGGAGAUACUUUGGCUUUAAACCUCGUGGUAUCUCCAGACUCGCUUCAUCCUGUGUGGGCCCAAGUUUUAAAUGAUCCGUUUCUUAGAAGGUUGCUUUUAAGGUUCAUAUUUUGUCGGGCAGUGCUAUCGCUAUACACUCCCACAUCCAACAAAAAGGAAUAUCUGCCCGACUGCUCACCCGCCCUACCAAACUCCGUGUCGCCAACACACGGCACAUACAAAGAAGCAGUUCAUAAAAUAGCCGAUAUUUUCGGUGUAGCACCCAUGUUCAACCUUCCCCAACCUCUUCAACCUAAACCACCCGAUGUGUAGAAAAAUUACCAGAACUUUUAUACUUUAUAGUGAUGUUCUUUGUGUCUAACCCUUGUGGAUUUCUAGUUUUUUUUUUCUUCAAUAUUUUGAAGAGUGGGUGUAUAGGAAUUUAAAUGCCAAUUUCCAAAUGUUGGGGGUAUUGUUCAUUUUGCUCAUAGCAUCAUCAUUCUUAUAUGUUUGUAUACAAGGUGGCAACCGCAGAAACUAGAAGC